CAGAAACGGCUGUGGGUGAUUCGGGUGGGUCGCAGCUCCGUCUUCUACAUAGCGAGUUAUUAAAAAACACGAUUAUAAUCAGCUCCGAGGGCACCUUAGGAUGAGGAAAAGUGAGGUGCUUGCAGCCGAAUCAGUGGCAUGCCUGAAUAAAGCACUAUGCCACUUGAAGGACAUAUGGGAGGAGAUUGGGAUCCCGGAGGAGCAGAGGCUGGAGAGAACAAAUGUGGUUAAAAACCACAUCAAAGGCCUUCUGGACAUGAUGAUAGCAGAGGAGGAGAAUCUGCGUAAGCGUUUGAUGGCGAGUAUUGACUCGUGCCGCAAAGAACUGAACAAAGUGUGCUCGGAGCUGCAGCUGCCUCCAUUUCAGGAGGAUAGGAGUAACACAAUGCUCCAGCAGGAGAAGGAUAUUCGAAGCUGCCUUGAGGUUAUGCUGAAGGAGAAGAGUCAGAGGAUGCAAGUGCUUAAAGCCCUAAUAGAGCAGGAUCAGGACCUCUGUGACAUUCUCUGCUCGGAGCCGUAUUCUGUCUCUGCCAGCUCGGUUCCAUCUCUCGAGCAACUGGAAAGCCUCCGACAGCACAUAGCUGCUCUCACAGCAGAAAAGGAACAAAGACACAGCAAGUUUGUGGAACUUAAGAAAAAGAUAAUACUAUGCAUGGAUGACCUGGAUCAGUUGCCUGAGACUAGUUUUGAAAAGGAUAUUGUGUGUGAGGAUGAAGAAGCUUUUUGUCUGUCUAAAGAGAAUAUUGACUCCCUUAAAGUCCUGCUUCAUCAGCUGGAGAGCAAGAAAGCUGAGAAUGAACACAUGUGUGUGUCAUAUCGAGAGAAGAUCCAGGACCUAUGGGACAGGUUACAGAUCUCGCAGGAAGAUCGAGAUGCCAUUUCUGAGCAUAUGACCCUGUCUAAGAAGAGGAACAUUGAAGCUCUGCAAGCUGAAGUCAACCGCCUUGAGGAACUGAAGCUUAGGAAUAUUAAGAAUGUUACUAUGGCUAUUCGGGAUGACAUUGCUGUGUUCUGGGAGAAGUGCUUCUAUAGUACUGAGCAGCGCCAGGCUUUUGUGCCCUACUAUGAUGAUAAUUUUAAUGAAGACCUUCUGAGCUUGCAUGACGCUGAAAUCCUGCGUCUAAAACAGCAUUACGAAGAUCAUAAAGAACUUUUUGAAGGUGUCCAGAAAUGGGAGGAGAGUUGGAGGGUUUUCCUGGAACUUGAAAAAAGAGCUACAGAUCCUUCGAGAUUCACAAACAGAGGAGGAAACCUUCUCAAGGAAGAGAAGCAAAGGUCUGACCUGCUCAAAAGCCUUCCUAAGCUGGAAAAGAAGCUGAAGGCCCAGAUUGACUUGUGGGAGCAAGAGCAGGGAAGGGAGUUUCUGGUCCAAGGUCAGAAGUUCAUGCAGUUUGUUACUGAGCAGUGGGAGCUGCAUCGACUUGAGAAGGAGCGGGAGAAGCAAGAAAGGCAACAGAAAAAAAACAAACAAACGGAGGAGGAUAUGCUCUAUGGCACUGCAGUUCGGACACCAACUAAACGAAGAUUCUUGGGGAGUAUGACACCUUGCAAGGCACGAAAGCUUAAUGCUACCUCCAGCACCUCCACUGGCACCUCUAACAGCACUAUGCGCUCUGUUUUUGGUGGAACUGUCUGUCACUCCCCUGUGUCCCGCCCUCCAAUAUCAGCAAGCAAGGGUAAUGCAGUAAGGACCCCUGGUCGUGGCAAACCUCCCCAUCCAGGACUGGUGGAACGCAACAAGGAGAAUAUUUGUCAUCUUAACUGCGGUAUAAGUGGUGCGUUGAAGACUCCAGCUAGCCCACAACGUAACUUCAGUAUUAACUCUGUCGCCAGCACCUAUUCAGAGUUUGCGGAAAUAGUCAACGCAGAUUCUGUUCAAUCAAGCGAGAUCUCUCCAAGGCCUCUAAGUCAAAGUGCACCCCAGAUGUCCUGAAUUCCACCAUCACACAGCUCUGACCACACACAGAGUAAAUACUAAUAUUGGGACUGGAGCGGUAAAUACUGCAUGACCUGAUCAAUAUCAAAAAGCUUUUAU